CAGACAAUCUCUUCGACCUGCGGCCUUGUGUGCCUGUUGAGCGAAAGUCAUCUGGGGCUGUCGUGAGAUGGGCAAACCUUUGGUCCCGCCGACUUCUCUGGAACGUGUUUCUACUGGUCUACAUAUCUGACCGAGCCUGAGGAUCUCUCGCGACGGCCACGUACGAGUACCUUCGAGGCAGUGGUUCCCAUGUAUGGCUCCACGAGGGAAACAGAAGGUUGCAUCCUCUAAGGGCGACACUGUUCAGCCAGCGAACCCCCAGCCGCCAGAUUGGCCUCCUCUAGCUCCGCUCGUACCUCAGGAACACCUGUCUAUCGAGACAGUGGUCCCCGGCCAGAUCUUGGUCAUCCGCAACAUCUUCACUUCCACCUUGUGCAGGAACUUUGUGUCUUUCCUUUCUUCCUUGCCCUUGAUUACGACGCCGGGGAAGCCGAAGCGAGGGGAGGCAACCCGGGUCAAUGACAGAUUCCAGAUUGACGACCCCAAUUUUGCCAAAAUGCUCUGGGCCCGCAGCGGGAUGCAAUAUCUAGUCAGCUCCUUCGGAGACCAGGCUGUCUUUGGCGGCACGGUGCUCGGGCUGAAUCCAAACAUAAGAAUAUAUCGAUAUCGGCCGGGUCAGUUCUUUGACAAGCAUUAUGAUGAGAGCAAUAAAUUACACUUUGGCGAGGAAAAGCUACCUGCCAAAACUACCUGGACCCUCCUCAUCUAUCUUACAACCUGCGAAGGUGGGGAGACAGCAUUCUACCCGGAAGCCUUGAAGAAAGGCGAGAGAUCGCCGGAACCCAUUGUGGUCGAACUUGAGACCGGGAUGGCCCUCCUCCACAAGCAUGGUGACGAUUGUCUGCUGCACGAAGGCAAAGAGGUCAGGAAGGGCGAGAAGUGGGUAUUGAGGAGUGAUCUUGUCGUGCAGAGGUGAAGCCAAAAGACCGACCGAGAAUCCUUGGGAAUUGGAUAGUUGUAGUUAUCCUGCACUGCUAGUACUGGACACAUGCAUUAGACCCCGUGCUGGAGACAUAGUGCUAUCGCUUUAAAUGCUCGGCAUCUG